CUUCCCUUUAGCCUCCAACUCGCUACCCACCUCGCUGACUGAAUCGCCAAACCAGCAGCUCUAACUCUAUCUCUAUCCAUCAUAUCACAUUGGCUUUGUGUGUGUAUUGAACGACUCUUAACUGAAGUUAUACUUGGGAGGGACCUUUGUACGCGGCAAGAUGUCUACAAGGACUGUGUCGACUUUAAAGUUUGUGGGAUCUAUUUCCCUGGGCUUACUUACUGUAAGUUGAUCGCAUCACCCCACCAAGGUUGCCAAACUUUAUCAUUCUCUUCCCAUCUCUCUAUUCUUAAUCUAUGAUGAAUUCAUAGGCCUAACAGACAUGAUCAAUAGGGCGUUUCCUACACUCUCUCAUCCCUCACAAUCCCCGCCUUCCUAACCCUCCCGUCUGCUAGUCUCGCAUCUCGUUCUUACAGCUCCCUCACCUCUCUCGCCACAACCCACACUCGUGCUCUCACCUGGAUUUCAUCAUGGUCUUUCCUUCUCGCCUUCUACUUCUCGCCUCGAGGACAGAAACACCCUUAUCUUCUCUGGACAUCUCUAUUUGCUGCCUCAAGCUCGAUGGCCGAUAAACUAGUCCCACUCGCCAUGGGUUCUACAGGUCCAAGACGUAUUGCACAAAAGAAAAAGCCAAAGAAAGCUAUGAGUCCCAGACAAAUGGAUGCCAGUUAUGAGGUGUUGAGCAAGAGUGCGGGGGAUUAUGAAAGUGCGGGGUUGGCUAGCAGUGAAGAGGAGGUGGAUGAUAAUGUCAAUGGGGAGGAAGUGAGAGAGGAAAUGGAGGGGUUCAUGACCAGCCAAGUUGUCAGGACGUUGGUUGCGGGGUUGGGAUUUGCGAUGAGUGUUGUGGGCAUUUGGGGGGAUGGAGGAUUGACAGAGGUCAUUUUUGUUGAUGUUGUGUAAGGGGAGAAGUGGAAAGGCUUUGGAUAUGGUUAUGAUGGACGAAACGAAUGAAAUAUAUGAGAAUGGCGAUAAGGUGACGGGUUAAAAUUGAUGCGAGUCGGGUGGUUGGUCUCAAAGUCUGCAGAAUGGAAUGGGUUUGGCGGUUUACAGGCGCGAUUGGUGGCAAACAGCACAUUCCCGUUCUUUGGCUUACAUAAGGAACCAGGAAGGCCGCUUGGGUUUAAAACUCUCUCCUCUCUCUAAGAUUGAAGCAUUUUGCGCUCUCUGUACCAUUCAUCUACGACCUGAGAUUUUUUUUGGGAAUAAUUGUUGAAAUUUGUUGAGCUUUAUGAAAUACAUGUUAUGAUUGGGCAGGAAAAAAGAUUGUUAUCUAUUGUUAAAUGGGCUACAAAAUAUUCCUAUAGCUUUGAUAUUGUACAAGUAGAUGAUUUUAGCAAUUAUUUCUACAUCGUUACUAUUAUCUGUCCCAAAGGCA